CGCCAACCUGCUACACUCGUUCUGAACCGCAUCCGUUUUUCACCUUGCUACCUGUAUCACCUCGCAACGGCUUGGUGCUCUCUCAAACAGCACACUUGGCCCGCCAUCGAGAAACCUUUCUACCAAUAAUUGAUUCCCAGAAACAAUGUACAUCCGACUCCUAUAUCUCCUUCUCCUGGGCGUCGCUAGUAUCACCACACAUGCAAGCCCUACCCCUGCUGUUCUCGACGACGGUCAUGACCUGAACCAAGUCCCGGCCUUCAACGUCACCAACUUUGAGGCAUCAGCCAUGGUCCUCAGUAACCGAAACUUCUACAAAUUCAACGUUACCUUUUAUAAUGAAGCCGUCCCCGUGCACUGCGAAGCAAUGGGCACGACCAUUAACCACCAGUUAACCAGCAUCCCGCAGACGUGGUGUCCAACAGAUCCAGGUGAUGUUGGCAGCGGGUACGGUGGAAACGGGACCGGAACUAAUUGCCAGCAGAGCAACAACACAACCACGGGACCAGGUGUCUCCUUCAAAUGGACUGAGCAGCCGGACGGCAGUGCAGCAUUGUUGAUUGUACGCCGCAUAAACGAUCGGGUGGCGGACACGGCCGUGUACAAAGUCACUCCGGAUUGCAUACCGAUGAUGGGGGAUGAUAUCUUUCGGCAUCAGGUGUAUGAGGGGCCGGAGAACUUUUCGGUGCCGGCUUAUAGGUCUUCUGAGUUGGGUUAACCCCGUGGUGGUUUCAUGGGGAAUAGGUGCUGAGUGCUUGAAGUGGGCAUGUGCGCAACUUGCUUGGGUUGAAUGUUCAUCAUCGUUGGCUAAAUUGUUGUCCAAGGGUAUCGAAUUGUGGAUUUGGGACCUCCUAACUUGUCAUUCCAUUCAUUGAG